AUGGCUGAAGACAACCAAAGUCUUGGUUCCAACCGGACCGCGUCGGACCUUUUCAGGCAGUUGGAGGACGUGGACGUGUCGGCGGACGGGAGUCCUCUCCUCCGAGUCCUCAUCUGCUGCGUCUACUCCGUGGUGUGCGCCGCGGGUCUGCUGGGCAACCUGCUGGUCUUCUUCCUGCUGGGCGCCCGGCAGGAGCGCAGGACGUCCAGGUUGGAUUUCUUCGUGCUCAACUUGGCGCUCACCGACUUCCAGUUCGUGCUGACGCUGCCCUUCUGGGCGGUGGACACGGCGCGGGACUUCAGCUGGCCGUUCGGGGACGCCAUGUGCAAGGCGGUGCUGUCCGUCACCGUCAUGAACAUGUACGCCAGCGUCUUCUUCCUCACCGCCAUGAGCGUCAUCAGGUACCUGGCGCUGGCGUCCGCGCUGCCGCACACCUGCGCACGCAGCUCCUACUUCUCCGACCGCUGCGCGUGCGCGGUGAUCUGGACGCUCGCCACCGUGGCCACGUUACCGACGGCGGUGUUCUCCACCGUCAGCCACGUCUCCGGGGAGAACCUGUGCCUGCUCAAGUUCCCCGGCGGCCAGGACUGGCUGGCGGUCUACCACCUCCACAAGAUCCUGGUGGGCUUCGUGGUGCCCGUCUGCGUGGUGUCCGUCAGCUACGUCAUGCUGCUGCGCCUCAUCCACACCAGGAGCAUGAAGACCAGCAACCCCCGGCGGAGGUCAAGGGUCACCAAGUCCGUCACCAUCGUCGUCCUGUCCUUCUUCCUGUGCUGGAUGCCCAACCACGCCAUCACGCUGUGGAGCGUCCUGGUCAAGCUGAACGCGGCCAACUGGGACCGGACGUACUACGUGGUGCACACCUACGUGUUCCCGCUCACCGUGUGCCUGGCGCACGCCAACAGCUGCCUCAACCCCGUCAUCUACUGCCUCAUGCGGCCCGAGUUCAGGACCAGGCUGAAGCGGCUCCUCCACCGCGGGGACACGCCAACAGUUAGCGACCGUGCGUAA